AUGGCUAACGAAAUCGUGGAUACUGGAAAUGCAACCCGCUACCUAUUCCGUUCGAUGCGUGCUCCAUUGAAUCGCCACCUGGACGACCUUGUAGAGGAGGAGGUCCGCGCAGUUUCGAGUUCCCACUACCUUCGAGAGUUUAAACGCACAGUCAGCAGUGCUGCACUUGUUCGACUGACGGAAGAGCCGAUCUCGCCAACGACACGAAAUCAUGAUUGCAUUUCGAUCAGUGGAGACUCCUCAGCGUGGUUCUUUCGUAAUCCGUGCUCUGACAAACGCUUAUCGAAAAACAGCGUCCUGUCGGCGAUCUCCUUCAAUGCCGAUACCCACUCCGAAAGGGACGAAACAACAAGUGUUGGGUAUGUCCGGCGUCCACGAACGUCCCUGCACACAAAAGCCAUCGCUAUGGAACGACCAAGACGUCGCAUCUGUAUGUGCGGAAAUGUAGUGAGUUUCACGAAAAACUCAUUUGAGAUAACUGUAUAUUAA